UCGUCCAAUCAGCGCUCAGGUCCCGCCCCCAGCUCAGAGAGAGUAGUGUGUUGACGGACCGCAGUCACUCCGGCUUCUGGUCAACUAAGUUAGUUGGUUUCUGCGACAGUUCUCUUCCUCUCACGAAGACAAAAUUCACCUAAAAAGACCAUGAAUAGUUUAAUCAGAUCCGCUGCUCGGUGUCUGCGGUCGGGGCCGUCCGUGUACGCGCCGGUACGAGCCGAUGGACGCGUGUGGUCGGCCCCGGCCCGGUUCCUGUGCUCGGCGGCGGACCUCCAGAAGGACCUUGGUCAGAUGGUGAAGAAGGACAAGGUGGUCGUGUUCAUGAAGGGGACGCCGGCUCAGCCCAUGUGCGGCUUCAGCAACGCCGUGGUCCAGAUCCUCCGGAUGCACGGAGUGGACAACUACGCUGCGUACAACGUGCUGGAGGACCAGGACCUGAGACAAGGAGUCAAAGACUUCUCCAACUGGCCGACCAUCCCUCAGGUCUACUUCAACGGGGAGUUCGUGGGCGGCUGCGACAUCCUGCUGCAGAUGCAUCAGAACGGAGAUCUGGUGGACGAGCUGAAGAAGCUGGGCAUCCAAUCGGCGCUGCUGGACGCCGAGAAGGAGUCCAAGUAGACGUCCAACAGCCCACAGAGGACAUCGAUCAGGUGGAACCCCCACCCAGCACUCAGAUGAAUCCACUCAUCAGGCUGAUAGGGGGACGUUUGCACAGAUUAGAUGUCUGACAGCUGAGGACGGGAAAAAAAGAGUGGACAGUGUCUUUACAGGGUAUUUUCUCUUUAGAGCACUUUUUUAAAGCUUUUUUUUUUUUCCAGUUUGGAGGCAGCAGAAACAAGCCGUAAACACAAGAAGAUCAGGUAGAGCGGUUUUCUUCCAGCUGUUUAGUGUAAACAGCUGGACUAAAUGGAGCUGUGAGAGCACCGAGAGUGAACCAAAACAGUGAAGCUGUGGGCCAGAAAACCAAAAGAAAGACGCGAUAAAACCUCACAGAGCUGAGCUUGAUUUUCUCUGAGUUUGUUAUUUAACAUUACACAUAAGGAGUGAAGCAUCGUUACUGCAGAAAGAUGGAUCAUUACGGCUUUAAUGUUAUUUAUAACAUAUUUAUAACUCUGAAGCAUUUUAGUUCAGGUUCCACAUUCAGCCCCGUUUAACGUCACGUAAACCAGACCAGUAAAACCACAGCCUAAUAACGAAUAAAUAACCACAACUCCUAAUGGUUCCUGUUUGAGUGCAAAAAAGUUCACAUUUAAGGAUGAUGAUCAAAGCCACAAAAGACAAAAACAAGACAAAAUAUGACAAAAUAAGACACAGAGAAACAAACGAGAAACAAAAUUACAAAAAAAUGAGACGACAUGAAACAAAAGAGACAAAAAAUUUGACAAAAAAAACUAAACUUACAAAGUGACCAAAAAUGGAGACAACAAAAACGAGAAACAAAACGACAAAACAUGAGACAAUCGACAAAAUUCAGACAAAAAUGAGAUGCAAAAUGACAUGAAAUAAAACAAAAAAGAGACAAAACAUUACAAAAAAAAGUUACAAAGCUGCAAAAAAAUAGACAAAGGAUGAAAAUGAGACAAAGCCAUAAAACAGCGCACAAUACAAGUAAUAAAGCAAAACACAAAACGACAAAAACAUGAGACAAAUGCUGAAAGUCAGACAAAAAAGGACAAAAACAAGACAAAAUAUGACAAAAAUAAGACACAGAGAAACAAACGAGAAACAAAAUUACAAAAAUGAGACGACAUGAAACAAAAGAGACAAAAAAUUUGACAAAAAAAACUAAACUUAAAGUGACCAAAAAAUGGAGAAACGACAAAAACGAGACACAAAACGACAAAACACGAGACAAUCAAGUCAGACAAAAACAAGACAAAAUUGAGAUGCAAAAUGACAAAAAAAUGACAUGAAACAAAACAAAAAGACAAAAAAGUUACAAAGCUGCAAAAAAAUAGACAAAAUGAAAAUGAGACAAAAACAUAAAACAGCGCACAAUACAAGUAAUAAAGCAAAACACAAAACGACAAAAACAUGAGACAAAUGCAGAAAGUCAGACAAAAAAAAGACAAAAACAAGACAAAAUAUUACAAAAAUGAGACACAAAAUGACAAAAGAAGACUUUAUGAUCAAAACAACUUAUGGUCUAGAAAUAAUUAAACUUUUAUCAUUUUACAAUCUGGAGUUAACGUCUUCUCUCUGAUGCUUCACAAAGUCGACCUCCUGUUUGACUCCUCUGCUCCAAAUCCCACAUUUGAACACUUCCUGUUCUCUUGAAUCACCAAAUUUCUAUUUCUGAACAGCUUUUAGUGUUUAAACUGCCCCUGCUCCGUCACAGAAUCCCGUCAGGUUCCAUCUCCAUCAUCUUCUCGUCCUCUAGAAGCUCUGCUACCUCGACUGUCCACCUUUUUUUUUUUUUUUCCCCUCAAGCCGCUCUCAGCUUCAGACCAACUCUGAGAUCAGAUCAGAUCCUCUCAGGGCUGCCGGGUUCCUCCUGAGCACGACGUCGUCACUCGAAGCUUCCAGAUCACUGCCUGCAGCUCCUCAGAGAAGAACAGAGAGCGGACCAUAAAAUGAUUCAAGUUUCCUAAUAGUAAAACAUGUUUUAAUGGAAUUUCUGUCAAACACAAUGGCUGAAACGCAACAAACACCUGAAUACCUUUAUCCAUGUUUCCUGAAGAUGACUGAUGUCAGCACAUCUGGAAGCAGCUGGAUGUAAAGUCUGUGGUUUUUAUUGGCUUGUCUGCUGUCGUAUUAUCAAAGAAUCACCACGUAGUACACUGUAACAUAUUGUACAUUGAAAGCUUAUUAUUAAAUGUAUUUUAGAAGCAUGUGCACCCUGAACCCAAUAAAUAUUUUGUGACACGAA